AUGCAGAAUUCUACGAUAGGCCGGGAAAAUACGACACUUCCAGGCAGCGACCCUUUCCAGAAAUUCGUUUCAUCGUUAAUGAAAUACGCCGUGCCGACUAUCGUCUGGUUCGGUUUGCUGGGCAAUGCUUUGUCCCUGGCAGUGUUUUUGUCCAAGCGCCUCCGCGCAAACUCUAGCAGCGUGUACCUGUCAGCGACGGCCAUUAGUGAUUCGGCUUUCCUUUUGUCCUUAUUCGUUGUGUGGCUAGCCUUCGCAAAAGUCGAUUUGAUUCACACAGCCGGCUGGUGUCAGACUGUCAUAUUCAUCACAUACUUGUGCAGUUUUCUCUCCGUCUGGUUCAUAGUUUGUAUAACAAAUGAAAACUUCGUAUUGUGCAAUUAUCCCAAGAAAGCCAUUCGAUUCUGCGAUGUCAAACGAAGUGUGUGCAUCGUCAUCACUUUGGUGAUUUUGGGAGUGGUGUUGUACUCCUUUUCCCUAUGGACUACGGGCGUGAAGCGUGCGACAGGAAAGUAUCAGUGUACUGUAAUGGAGGAAUACGUUCAUCUGACGAAGGCCGCAACAUACAUCGACACUGCCAUUACACUGAUUUUGCCAUAUGGAAUGAUCACCUAUAUGCUGGUCGCAAUAGCCGUAAACAUGUUUCAGAGACGACCGACGCCGGGGAAGCCCCUUUUAAAUCAUGUGUCCCUCGCGUGUAGGCGCUACCUCUCGCGGAACGUCUGCGUAAUGAGAGUGACUACAAUGCUAACGGCUAUUUCCGGUUCCUAUCUGAUUCUUACCCUGCCUAGUCAUAUAAUAAAAUUGCGGCAUCUAAUCAUCGAUCUGACUACACCGACAUUGCCAGCCAGCAGGAUGGAAUUAAACAUUCAGCAAAUUCUUCAAAUUGUAUAUUAUUCCAGUUUUGCCUGCAAAGUGUUCAUUUACAUCUGCUUCGGGAAAAAUUUUCGGAAGUGUUUGCUUCAGUUGAUUCGUUGGGCACCUCACAGUCCAUCCCUUGACCACAGAGGAGAUCCCAGAGUUUACGCUAGAUAA